AUGCUGGCAACUGUACGACAGCUGAAGCAAGAGGCUGAGUUGAUGGCUUUUGAAUCAGAAGACCCUGAUAACAUCGAAAGGCAAGACAAGGAGCUCCACACAUUCACAGCAGCAAUGUGUAACGAACUGCAAGAGAAUUUGAAUCUGAUUAGAUGCGCGGUCCAUACGCUCCAGCUCGCCAUUCUGGAUGUAGUGGACAAAUCCAACACAUCGGUAAAAAAAGUUACCGAAGUUGCCAAAAAGUUUAAGCAAAUUAAAUAUAAGCUUAGCUUCGCGAACGCGCCAUACCCACCGGUUUGGGGUCCGACUCGAUGGUGCGGAAUAUACAAAAUGAAUUCCAGCUUCCUCGAGUAUGAAUCCUUCCAUAAACAGUUGGCCCAACAGUUUCCAGAGCUCGAUCUCGGAGAUACUUGGGAGUUCAUUAAAAAUUAUGAAGAAGCUUUCAGACCGCUUUAUACCUGUACAAAAAGUAUGCAGUCGAAUCAUGUAUCACUACCAGAUUUUUAUUUGAGGUGGCUGAACUCCAUAAGGGAAGUGAAGAAUCUACCGCAAAACCCGUUUUCGACUCCAUUAACAGAAUCAUUGAUUGCCCGACUGCAAAAACUACGCCAAUCCCGAGCAUUCCAAAUCGCACUGUUUUUGGACCCUCGAUUGAAUUAUAAAGGUUCAAAGCUGUUCACACCGGAGGAAAAGGACCAGAUUCAGGUAAAUUUAAUUAAAGACUAAUGAUACUCAAUACACGGAUGAUGAUUUUAAAUCCAGUUCUGAUUGCCCGUCUUGAUUGAGCAUGCUGAACUUGAAAAAUUACUGAAAUACCAGUAAACGCAUAGCUUUUUUAGAAAUGUGCAUAACAAUACAUGUUGUAUUAUUUAUAUUCAUAGGGCUACAUAAUCGACUUAUACAAAAGGAUUUCUUCAUACCACAGCUCUACAUCAGCGACUGCGGAAGCCUCGACAUCAGCAAAAGAAGAUGAUUUCGAUUCCUUCCUUACCGAAA